GCCAUUUUGAAACGCCUGAGAGGAGAGAGAGAGUGAGUGUGAUGGAAGAUAAGGAAAGUGGUGGUGUACAGGUAAAAGAAGGUAGGACUCAGUUGGUUCCUGACGCCAAGAUCACCUUGAUGCACGCGGCUGAGGUACAACAGAAAAGCAAUGAGCCCUUGAUUAGCGUGAUACAGAAACUCACAGCAAUGGUGAAAAGCCAAGAAUCGAGCAGAAGCCCUGAAGGGAAGAAACGCUCUUACCCAGAUGACGCCCUCAGCAUUCCGCCAUCUAAGGAGCCCGAUCCCACAAACCUCUGUCCCAAGAGGUCCAAGGAAGUGAUCCCAGACGAUCAGGCCGUAAAAAGUCCUGCCCCAAGCAGCAAAAAAGUGAUGUUCUACCAGUGUAGUCUUUGCAAAUUUAUCUCCCCUUCCUUUGAUGUCCUCACAGCCCAUGUGAAAAAUCACGGGCAGCACAAUGAGAUCAUCCUAAUGUGCUCCGAGUGCCACUUGACUUUCAAAAGCCACGGUGAACUCGAAGAUCACAUUAAAACACACUGUGAAAGCGAUGUCACUGCUCCGUCACAGACUAAAGACCAGCUCCGAGAGGACAAGCAGGUCUCCCCAUGCACAAAUGCCGCCGAGCCAGCGAGGAAAAAGUGGUACGCCUACGAAGCGUAUGGUCUGUACCGGUGCCUCAUCUGCAGAUACACCUGCGGCCAACAACGAAUGUUAAAAACGCAUGCCUGGAAGCAUGCAGGGGAGGUUGACUUCUCCUACCCAAUAUUUGAGGAAGAGAACGAGUCCGCUGGAUUACCAGAUUCCACCGUUGCUCACACUCCACAGGGAAGCGAGUCGGUGCUCUCUGAAAAUCUUUACGUCAAGCAGCACGUGCAGAUAUCCGGAUGCGAUGUCGUUCAGAAGCACAGCUUGUUGCCAAUGGACGUACAGGUCAAGAGAACUGAGGUUUUAAGCCAAACUAGUGUCCCAAAUCCUAUGACGGAAUUGGUAGUCGUCGAUGAGGCCUUACCCACAAAUGAUCAAGAUAACUUCAUCCGGGAGAGUCUUCUGUCCUCCGCACAGAAAAUUAUUAGCUAUAGCCAAAAUACAAAGGGCCAUUUGAAUGUAAUCGUAGAACGUUUGCCCGGAGCUGAGGAAUCUGGUCCACAGAAAUCCUUCCUGAUCAGUACGGAAAUGGACGGUAAGAAGAUCGUCCCUCAAGAGUCCCAGCUGGUCGAUGCUGUCGAGGUUUAUCAUGCCGAUAAGAAUGCAGUGGAGAGCGAAGAGAUCAUCAUAGGAUUUGAGGGGCCUGAUGAGAAUUCUCCUCCUGUACGCAGGAGGACAAACUCCGAGUGUUUAAGACUUCACUCUUUGGCGGCUGAAGCCUUGGUAACCAUGCCCAUCCGAGUGGUUGAAUGUCCUAAAACCAGUCUCCGCCUCAUCCGUGAUUCCAGUUCAGUUGAUCCAGACACUGGUCAAGGAGAUGGCGAUGUUAGUUUAGUAUCCUGUCCAGAGGACGAGUCUUUGAAGGUCCCUGAGGAGCAUAACGUCCUCAACCAAAAGGAAGUGGAAGAGAAAGGUGAACUGACAGAGGCUCCCAUGAAAAUGGGGAUCAGCACGUCUUUGCUUAAAGUGAUAGAGAAGCUGAGAGAGCGGACGGAUCAGAACGCUACAGACGAAGACAUCCUGAAGGAGUUGCAGGACAAUGCCCAGAGCGAGUGCGCCAGUGACCUCAGCUCUAGCAGCAACCUUGUGGACUAUAUACCCGAUUCUGAAAGGCCCUACCGGUGUCGUCUGUGCCAUUACACCAGUGACAACAAAGGCUACAUAAAGCAGCACUUGCGUGUCCAUCGCCAGAGACAGCCUUACCAGUGCCCCAUCUGUGAGCACAUAGCAGAAAAUAGCGGUGACCUUGAAAACCACAUGAUCAACCACUGCAAAACCACGAAGUAUGAGUGCAAGCUCUGCAACGAAUCCUUCUUCUACAAGAGUCAAUUAAGGAACCAUGAACGGGAGCAUCGCGGUCUUCUGGAUACCGUGUCUACGACAAGUGAGGAGACACAAGUCUGCACGGAGGAGGUGGAGGAGAAAUGUCCUUCUGAAGAUCACAAAUCAAGCAUCUCGAAGUUGUAUCGAUGUGACGUGUGCAGCUACACCAGCUCCACAUACGUCGGCGUGAGAAACCACAGAAGGAUUCACAGCUCUGACAAACCGUACAGGUGCUCGCUUUGCGGCUAUGUGUGCAGUCAUCCUCCCUCGUUAAAAUCCCACAUGUGGAAGCAUGCCAGCGACCAGAACUACAAUUACGAGCAAGUGAAUAAGGCAAUCAACGAGGCAAUGUCUCAGAGUAGUCGGAUACAGACAGAGCCCUCGAAGAACAGAUUAGAAGAGCCGAGUGUGAGGUUGGACAGUGAUGGAGUGAUUUCUGCUGUUCACGCAGCCCCGGAAGUAACCUACAUAGAAAACCAGAAGGUGAAUAUUGUGCGUCAGAGCUUGUACGACACUGAGAAACUGCAGAGCCAGCUCCGGCCCGAUACAGAACUGUGCGUCCUGCUCUUCUGCUGCUGCAUCUGCGGCUUCGAGUCCACAAGCAAAGAACUUCUUAUGGAGCACAUGAAAGCACAUGAGGGAGAAAUCAUUAACAUCAUACUGAAUAAAUCCGAGGCCACGUCCUGAAGAGGGGCUCGUCCACCAGACCUGAAGCCUGUUUCCUCCUGAAAUCUAUGAAUUUUUUUUUUU